AAACAUAGAUAGACAUGCGAAAAAAUAGAUCAAUAUCAUGAACGCUGUUGUCUUUUAGCCUCCAUAUUUUCCAUUAGUGAUCGAUCGAUAGUAAGCAAGUGCUCCUCCUUCUCCCCCAUCAUCCAAUCCACCUAUCACCUACUAUCACGAUUCGAAUAAGCAUAAGAAAAUAAAUUACUCGGAUGAUUCAGUUUAAUUAUAAGAAGUUAUUCAAAUAACUUUUAAAAAAAGCUUCAUUUCAUUCUGAAGGUUGAAUUUAGAUACUCACUCAGUGUUCAGUUAAUUUAUAAUCUUACGAGUUACAAGGAUAUUGAAUUCGUCCAACUAAUCGUAAACGGUACCCUUUAGCAUUAAAGAAGAAACUAACUGCAUAUUCUGACAUACAUUUUGCUAUGAAUUAUCUGCCAGAGAAUGUUAAAUACCGUACUUAUUGCUGAACAAUAAAUGUACUAAUCCCUUAGUUCUGUGAAUCAUGGUAGUAAUGAACGCUGAGAAAUGUUACUUUUUGUUCUCAGUGAUAGUUUUCAUCGACAUCUCGAUAGCAUCUGCUGUAUUUUAUCACGAACAAGUGAUUCCAUCAUCUGAAAAGCGUUUAAUUAAACAAUUAAUUGACAAUUAUGAGAAAGCCGGGAAAAUUGGACGUCCUGUUAAAAACACUAAAGAUCGUGUGGUUGUCGGCUAUGGCUUGUCUCUGUUUCAAUUAUUGGAUUUAGAUGAAAAGAAUCAAAUACUGACAAUAAAUGUUUGGGCAAAAUACACAUGGAUUGAUCAAUUGUUACGUUGGGAUCCAGCGAAUUAUUCCAACAUACGUGAAGUACGCAUUCCACCAAGUGUUAUAUGGACACCGGAUAUAGUACUUUAUAAUUAUGCCGAUGAACGCCUAAAAGAGAAACGUGAUGUCAUGUUGAAUGUUGACUACAUGGGACGCGUAUUUUGGAGUCCACCAGCUAUAUUCAAAUCAAACUGCCCAAUCGAUAUCAAAAACUUUCCAUUCGAUUAUCAACACUGUUUUCUAAAAUUUGCUUCAUGGACUUAUAAUAGCGAACAAUUAGACUUACAGUUUUUGGAUAAUCGCACUGAAGUUGACAUUGAUCAGUAUACUUCAAGUAAUGAAUGGUCACUUGUUGCUAGACCAGCCUAUCGGUUUAUAAUGCUGUCAGAAGAGUGUGGUAAAGAAAUACCCGACUUAACUUUUUUCUUAUUCUUGAAACGUAAUCCUGCCUUCUAUGGAUACUUGUUGGUAUUUCCAUGUGUACUGUUGAGUGUGAUCACCACAGUGAUAUUCUGGUUACCACCACAAAUACCAGCUAAAAUGGUUCUUAGCAUGAAUAUAUUUGUGGCAUUCUCUCUGCUUUUGAAAAUACUUGCUGUUUCCACACCGUCGGCUUCAACAAUAGUACCGUAUUUAGGUUACUUUUAUUGUUUAAAUAUGACGUUGCUCAGUUUGUCAACAUUCGCGUCCACUAUUGUAGUGCAUUUGCACUUCCAGCGUGUCAAGUCAAAGCAUGUACCACCAUGGCUUGUUAAAGUAGUCCGAUUUUUCGCCACAUUAUUACAUGUUUCGAAACUUGAACCAUCUGUAACAGAUGCAAAUCAAAAACUCAGUGUUGUUGAAGCGCAAAUUAAAGAUUCUAGAAUGAAGCAAACUAUGAAAACAGAUAAUUUACUUGAAGCAUGGCCAUCACAACUUCAACUACUGCCACCACAAUCUAACAUAUUGUACCCCACUGGCUUGGAUUCACAAUGGGAUCAUAAGACAAAUAUGGUGCUGAAACCGGAAAAUUACCUUUUAAAUUCCAGUAAAUUACCUGUUUUCCAAAAGCAGCAGCUUUUAUUGUUACAAGAGGGUUCACGUGUGUCAUAUCCUAUUGGGUCUGAUGUAUGUCAAAUACCAGGGCAUCCAACAACUAGGACAAAUAGCCACCAACAACAAAUUAUCCCAUGGGGUGGGGAUUAUCCUGUCAAUCAGUCAAAUGAACUACUAGAAGUAAAGUCGGAAACAGCUAAGAUAAAUAAUGAAAUGCUUAGGAAAUUUCAACAAUCUAGACGACAUUCAAGAAGACCUACAAUUCAAAUGGAGUUCAAUUUAGGUGAUUUAUGCAGUGCACUGAAACAACUCAUGCUCAAAAUUGCUAAAAAAGAUGAAAUAGGACAACGUGAUCGUGAGUGGAGGUUAGUACUAAUGACUAUUGAUCGUUUAUUCAGCUGGUUCUACUCUACCGUCGUCAUUGUUGCAGGUAUAUAUCUACUGUUUCCAAGAGGACGUUCACACACAGUUCAGGAGAUUAUAGCAAUGCACCAAGAAAAAUACGACAUAAGAAAUCAAGCUGUAGCAAGACAGUGCAUGAUGGGAUAUUCAAAAACAAUAUAACAGUUUCAUCAAGCACUGAGUGUUUAACUACCACAAUACAAAAAGUAAAAAUUUUCCCUUCAUUGUUUAGCUUAGUUAUUAUUAGUUUAUAAUUUAAUGCCCCUGGAUCAAAGCAUUUCAUUGACAACUGAAUUGUUGAAUGAAUUUUUCUUUCUCAUCUCUUUUCCCACAUAAACCAUAUGAAAUAAUAAAGGGUGCUUUAAAAUCAUUUUGUUGAGAUAAUUUUUUUUCCUUUCACUAUGUAACUGUUAGAUUUUUACUCAGUGAAGGUAGACACUGAUCAGGAUUUCAAUCGCUUGCUGCUGGUUUCAUCAAAGUAGAGUAAAAUUAAAUCAUAGUGACUUCUAGUCAACUUC